GUACUUGUCACUGCUUGUUUGCAUCAUCGGUACUCAUUUGUCCCUGCUCAUUGUAUCAACCGCCAUUAUGCGUACUCAUUUGCACCUGCUUGUUUUUUCGUUCAUACUUGCCCCUUCUUGUUGCAGAUUGUCUGUACUAGAAGCUAUCGACAAUAUACCAAUGAACUUUACUAGCGUUCUUUCGAUGAAACAAAGCCAGCAAACUCUCGAAGCUUUCCCACAAUUCGAUCAUAUUUGCAGGGAACACAACAUUCAAAAUUAUUUCGGCCUAAAUGGAUGAUCGUUUAGCGUUUUUAAUGACAAUUCUGAUGGGAGAACACUAAUUGUUCUCGCUGCCACAUGGCAGAAACUGCAAAAACAUAUUCAAUUGAUUACGACCCUUGAAUCUUAAAGCAUCUCCGCGAAUCGCAACCGCGGAAUGCUCGCUCGAAUCACCGGUCUUCUCAUUCCAAUCUCUCGCUCAUAGCUUCAUUAUUUGAACCCGCAGUGAGCCUGCGAACACAGUGACAAAGUCGAGAAGCUGAUUUUCAUUCUCUACGAUACUUCUGUACCUGCAAUUUGCCUGUGCUCUCAGUAGGCCAGCUGACCCUGCAACUACGCAGAGUGUCUUUCGGAAAUUGAUACUGUUCAUUCUUGGUCAAAGAUCCCUGAUACAGUAGUCAUGGUCACAGUCAUCACCGCUCCCCCUAAGUUUUAGAUAAUCACGAUGAUAUCAAAUCAUUCCAUGGCAUACUCCGAUGACCCUAUACUUCCUUAAAGACAAGGAACUGUGUUGACGGAAUUGGUGACUAUCGACCAACGCUCUUCCAAGCUCCUCUUCCUCGUCAACCAUCCUUUGUAUCCCAUCC